CAAGACGAAGAAACUUCUCACUGAAUCAGUUCAGAGAAACAGAGAAGUCUGGGAAAAAAGAAUCAUCCAGAAAAAAGCUCCAAAUAAUGAGAAUAAAACAAAGAGAAAUAGUGUCAAUAAGAAAUGAAAAGCACACAGCAGCUUCAGCCGAGCUGUCAAUCAGCAGCGGCAGCCUUAUCUGUCGGCCGCAGGGGCUGAUGGGAGGUCUGAGGACCUGUUAGAAACCACGUGGCCCUCGUCUGAUCUCACAGCUCGUCCUUGUUUGGCCUCAGCUGCAUCAGAGCGCCACUUCUCCCCAGGUUCACCAGAGGAAACACCACUGCACAAAAUGCUUUUCCUCCCAGCUGCUGCUCUGUGCUGUCUGUGUUCAGCGCUGGUUGCCAUGGCAGCAGAGCUGAGUCAGGAUCAUUUAACAUUGACCAGGAGAGUUGGUCAAACCGUCUCCUUCAGCUGUGGAGGAACUGGCCAGUGUGACAGUGAUAAUAUACGCUGGUACCAGAAGAAAGACACAGAAACAUUCAGACUGAUUCUGUAUAUUGAUAAGAGUAACGGUCGAGUUGAAUCAGGUUACAAUCAUCCUCAGAAAGAUGAUUUCUCAUCUGUGAAUAAAGAGAACGGCUGGGAGUUGCAGAUCCAGACAGUUAAACUCAGUCAUUCAGCCACCUACUACUGCGCCUGUUGGAAGUCUGGUUUUUGUAUUAGUCUCUCUCACUGUGGCUACUUCAUCUUUGGCUCUGGAACUAAACUGUAUGUAACAGAUGAGCAGAUAGUGAAGCCCGUGGUGAGCGUGUACCCAGCAGCAUCCAGAGCCCACCUGGAGGGGAAGAGCUCCCUGCUGUGUGUGGCCUCAGACAUGUUUCCUCCUCUGGUCCGGUUCUCCUGGAAAAGACAAAAGGACAAUGGUCCUCUGGAGAAGGUGACCUCUGCUGACAAAAAGCAGCUGAAGCUCAAAGAGUCGGGAUGUACAGCCACCAUCUUGCAGAUCCCUCAGCGAGAGAGCAGCACAUAUAAAUACUACUGCUCCGUCCAGCACGAGGGGGAGACAGUGGAGGCCCAAAUAAAACAAGAGGUUUCUACUCUUCCGCCACCUACAACUUCACCAUCACCUCCACCGUCACUUCCACCAUCGGUCCAACCAUCACUUAUUCCAUCACCUCCACCAUCACUUAUUCCAGCGCCUCCAGCUUCUGCCCCGUCUCAGUACCAGGUGAAGCUGCUCUGUCUGAUGUACACAGUGCUGAUAGUGAAGAGUCUGGUGUACUGCUGUGGACUCUCUCUGCUGAUGAUCCUCAGAAACAAGGGACCGUCCACCAACUGCACACAUGCUGACUGACUGGUUUCAUCUAAUUUAUCACUUUGAUCAGCAGACAGAAAUAUCAAUUUAGAUUUAAAAAAUGUUGUGGUUCAUUGGGAAACCUAUCUUUCUAUACAGGUUCGGUAAAGUGCUCCAAAAAAUAUGAAUACAUACACAUACACAUAUAUAUAUUUACAGUUAGUGAGAGUAAAUUCUGUGCUACUGUAGUGUUAGUUUCAUGCUCUAGUUUAUUUCCACUUUUAAUUGUGACUCGUAUAAUCAUAGACAACCUGAAUCAUUACCUGUCUGCUAGAUAUUUACCUUUUAUAUUUUCUAUGUUCUUGUUUUGUAUUUGUGAAUUUCAGUUUGGCUGCAUAGCAAAAAAUGCAGAAACACAAUCAGUGUCAUUAGAUUUAGUGCUGAGCCCUUUUUAUAAUUGUGUCAGUGUGGAUGUAAAACUCUACGCUGAUGACACUGUUAUUUCCACACAUGAACAAACAGCAGAGCGAGCUGCUUUGAAGCUACAACUGCUAUAAAAUGAUGAUACAGCGGCUUGAUCAGUUGGCCUGAAGUUUGAAUGUUGGCUAAAUGAUGAUUGUGUAUAUUUUCCAGAAACCAAUAAAAAGUGAUUUAAUUCUAACAGUUUGAUAACGAUUAAAUGGAUUAGUAUAGUUACUGAUUAUACUUUAACUAUGAUGUAUAUGUUUAUGUAACACAUUUAAAGACAGAAUCACAAAAUGCUUCACAAAGAAACACAAAAGUUAUACAUUGGAGAAAACAUAUUUUAAAACCUUCUAUUUGACAUAAUUUACAAUCAAAUUCUAAUUUGAAACAUGUUUAAAAAGAACCAAUAAAUUAGAAAUGAUCUGUGUAUUGAUGAUGUUAUAAAUGUAUGCAGGCUAUUAUCCUUUCCCACAUGUCCUAAUAUGUUGUAUUAUGUUACAAGUUGGAGUCAGGCUGGAGAAACUUAAACUGUCACCUUUACAGAAUCAAUAAAACUGUUUGAAUUAAAGACAACUUUCACAGUGAGUACUGAGAGCUGAAAUCAAA